AUGAAAAGAAAUCUUAAUUACGAUAAUAUUGAUAUUUUUUUCUUACUAAACGAAAAUAAAAUAUUAACUGAAACAGAAUUACAAAGGUUACUACCUAAAGAAAAUUAUCAAGAAUAUAUCAAAGGUUUUUACAGAAGAAGAUUUAUUGAUAUUUUUAAUAAGAAUUAUGAUUUCUCUUGGUUUGUACAAAGAUACUUAAAUAACAAAAGAGAGUUUAAAAUAUGGAAUUUUCAAUUUAAUAAUUAUUAUUUUCUUAUUAAAGGUAUUGAGUUUGAAGAAGAUCUUAAUAAAUUAAUAGGGUUAGUAGGAUAUGUAAACCAUUAUGUAUUUACACCAGAAGAUUUAAAACUAACAAUUAUUUUAGAAAUGGAAACAGAUCGAGAAGUUUAUGAUGAUAUUUAUUCUGUUUUUAAAGUUAGUUCUAUAUUUUUUACACCAUUAAAAAUAAAUGAAUUUGCGGUGCAAUCACCUAAAGAAUCCGAUAAUUAUAUUAUAAAAAUAUUAACUGAAUUCUAUAAAGUUAAGCUUCUUGAUGCUAACAACCCACUUCAAGAAAUGUUUCUUUUUUGCAAUAUUUGUAAUAUACAAUACAGCUCUAGUAUUGAAAUGGCACAUAAAUGUGGAAAAGGAUGUUUGCCUGAUAAUCGUAGAAAAGAACUUUUGAAAAAUUUUAAGGAUUUUUCGUUUAUGAAAGAUAUUCAAAUAGACUUUAUUUGUAAAAGCAAUAUAAUUAAAUUUGAAGAAAAUGUCUAUAAAUGUGCAUAUUGUGAAAAGAAAUUUGAAUCUGUUGAAUUCAUAAAUUUACACUACCAAAAAAGACAUUCUGACGAAAUAGCGCUUAGAGAAAAAAAAUAUGAGGACUUUAAAAAAUUUAUUGAUAAUCUUGAUUUAUUAAUAUUUUAUCUUGCAGAAGGAUCUUUAGAAUCUAAACCGUGGUUUGCAAAACUGUCCGAUGAUAAUAAGGUCAUAUAUGAUAUGAACCAUGUAUUUAGUGGUGAAAUAGUUUUUGAUUAA